AUGAAGGUACUAGUUACACUACUGUGGGCGGCUGCGACGGCAUCGUGGGCAGCUCCAGAUAACGGUCACAACUACCAGGCCUCAGUACCCAUUCCCCAGUUACCCCAAUACCCACCGGGCAGUUACUACGUCCAGCUGCCGGACACCCGCUUCAUGAGGGUCGAGUACUUGGCUGACUCGAAAGGUUUCCAACCCACGGUCUCCUUCGUGGGUGUACCCGGAUGCCUCUGCCCAGAUGUAUAUUCUGAACCUAUGCCCAUCCCUGCAGAGAAGUAUUCUGAACCCAUGCCCGUCACUGCCGAGGAGUAUUCUGAACCCAUGCCUAUCCCUGCCCAGGAGUUCUCCUGCACAGACCAAUACUCCCAUCCUGCUCCUGCUCCUGCUCCUCGUCAGCAGUAUACCGAGCCAGCCCCUGCUCCUUCCCCUUCUCAGCAGUAUUCCCAGCCCUACCCUGUCCUUGCCCUCUUUCCUGCCCAGGAAUAUUCACAGCCUGCUUCUGCCUUUCCCAAUUUGUUGUGCAAACGUGUGCCUGCUAUUUACAGAGCUCGGCAAUCCGCCAUCUACUUCCUGUGCGUGCUGGGAGGAGCCUGGGGCGCCCUGCAAGCCACCUACGGUGCCCCUAACACCGCCGCCCCUCCGGCCGCCCACGAGGGGUACGGCAACGCCAACUACGCCUUUAAGUGGGACGUAGAUGACUCCAGCUCGGGGAAUUUCUACGGCCAUCAGGAGGAGCGCGACGGAGAUAACACCCAGGGCAGCUACUACGUACAGCUCCCCGACGGCCGCUUAAUGAGGGUCGAGUACUACGUGGACGACUGGGGCUUCCAUCCCACGGUAACUUUCGAAGGGGAAGCCAAGUACCAGAACAACGUAGACCAGGUGUACGGACAGCCAGCCACAACACCGUCCUCGUACUAUUCGCAGCCUGGGAAAUGAGUCUAGGGUUUGUUGGCUUUGUUCUUAGUUCUUCGUUUUUUUUUUUAAUUGUUAUUUUGAUGGAGGAAGGGCGACGAAAAAAAAGAAAAAUUAUCUGGAGGAAUAUACUUGUUAUUGGUAUUUUUUCACAACCUGGAAAAUGAUUUAGAUUUGUUAAAAAAAUAGUCUGUUUGUUAACAAUAAAGAAAUUCUUGUUUGUGGCAAGAGUGACAAUAGAGACUGAGAGUUUGAAAUGUUAUAAAUAAACAGUCGUUAGACACUGUUAUUUGUUUGUGGUGUUCAUUGUUAUAUAGACUUAUAUGUCUCGGUGAUAUGGUCUACCAAAUACUCGUAUGUAUAUAGUUUUUCAUUAUACACGCAAAGUAU